UGUGAAAACUGUGGUUAUAUUAUUGGGGGCUUUUGUUUUUACGUGUUUGUUGGACUCAGAAAUGGCAACUUGAAUACAGAUUUCAUGUACUUCAGUCUUGUGCGGUCCCUUCUCCUCCUCCUCUAUGCCAGAAACCCUAAUUUCAAUCAUUUAAUAUACCGCCUUUCUCAAAAUUUCAGAAUUCUACCUUCCCAUUAAUUGUUUUAGGUGGGUUAAUUUUUCUCAUGCUCUUCCCAUGUUUCAGAUUUCAACAAGUGUCCAGUUGUCUAGAGAGAGAACCAAACUGCAACCAAAAUAAUCUAUCUUCUUUCUAUAUUCAUCACUUUUUGUGGAUAUUGUUUUGGUGUUGGCAUCUGCAACAGCAUCAAAUAAGAAGUGAUGACAGCUGAUAAUAACGUGGAUAACAACUAUGCCUCUACAUGGAGUAUACAACAGGAGAAGGCGUUUGAGAAUUCUGUGGCCGUUCAUUCAGAAGAUUCCGAUGAUUUUUUUGAGAAAAUUACUUCGGAUGUCCCUGGGAAAUCCUUAGAAGAGAUUAAGCAUCACUAUGAGCUUCUAGUUGAUGAUGUUGGCCGCAUUGAAUCUGGGUGUGUGCCGUUACCCAACUAUAUUUCUUCUUCUGACGGUUCAACGAACCAUUCUGGUGAUUCUGGGACAAGCAAAAAGGGUUCUCAUUCUGGCAAUCUCAACACUGACCAAGGAAGUAAGGUGUCAAAGGCAGAGCAGGAGCGUCGGAAGGGCAUUGCUUGGACAGAGGAUGAACACAGAUUAUUCCUCCUUGGUCUGGACAAAUAUGGAAAAGGUGAUUGGAGGAGCAUAUCACGUAACUUUGUAGUAACCAGAACACCAACACAAGUGGCAAGCCACGCCCAAAAGUACUUCAUCCGUCUCAACUCUAUUAACAAAGACAGGAGGCGCACAAGCAUCCACGACAUCACCAGUGUGAAUAACAGUGAAGUUUCAGUCCCUCAAGGUCCAAUAACCGGGCAAACAAACAGUCCCACUCCAGUUGGGAAACCGGGCAAGCAGCAGCCUUCAAACUUACCUGUCGGGGGGAUGUAUGGUACUACAACUAUAGGGCAGCCCAUCGGAAGUGGUCCCCUCAUCUCAGCGGUUGGUACUCCUGUCAAUCCCCAACACAUGAUAUAUGGAACGGUGGUCCCUGGUGGUCCGAUGAACGCUGGCCCCAUGCCUCAUACAUCCUCUCAUAGGUAAAAUUUGGUUCCCUUCCUUCCUAUGAGAAGAAGAUAAAGAUUUGUACAAAAGGAUAGAGGAUUGUUUUUUUAAUAUUGAAUUGAGAUGGAUGGAAUAAUAAUAUUUUGAUGUUUUAGUUUUGUUUCUUAAUACUUACUGUAGACAUUUUAAAC